AGUGAAAAAAAAGGCGAACGACGGCGGUGUGCCACUUGGUGUUUGAAGAUUAAUUUAAAUAAGUGAAAUUAUAUUGAGAUAAUCCGACUAAGAACUUCACCGAUCAACAUGCAGCUGUUCAAGAGGAAAGCGUUCUACUUUGCUCUACUCAUAGUGGUGCUAAGCUUGUGCCUGGAUGAAACCGAGGCCAGACGUAAGAUCCUUCGAGGGCGCCGUACCAUCACUCGUACCCAAAAGCGUGGGACGGCCAUUCCAGCGUGGGCCAUCGUCACUUUAGUGGGAAUUGGUCAAAUUCUAAUCGGAGGACUGUCAUAUCUCGUAUUCCGUAAACUGGUCCUGCAAACACCAAUCGAGAACGUCAACUCAUACACUCCGGCGAUGAUGCAGGACGAUUCGUAACUGUACUCUAUUCGGUAAAACAUAGCUUAAGGUUCUCCGUAAGAAAUCGAGUUCAAAGAGUGUACAAUCCAAGCUAAAGAAGUUUCAACAGUAUCAUAUCUUCAGGUAUUAAAAUGACUUGUAUCUCUUCAAUAGUCAAUAAACGAUGAAAACACUUUUCAAACCGAUAAA